CCUCUCAGUCUGCUAACACCACACGAAACAUGUCGUUGAUCAGUUUUGAAAGUUCGAAAAAACUUGAAAAUGAACGAAAUGAAAAACGAAAACGCAGAGAGAAAGUCUUAGAACAGGCAAAAGAUAAAUUUUACAAAGAUUUAAAACAAAAGGAAGUACGGAAGCUAAGAGGAGAGGAAACAUGGAUGUUACCAUCAGUUAAUGAGAAAAUCGACAAUGAUAAGCAAAGAAUGAAACUGAAGAAGCACAAAAAGGAGAAAAAGAAACACAAGAAGCACAAACAUAAAAAAAAGAAGAAAAAUGAUUCUUCAAGUUCUGAGAACUCGGAAGAUGAUUUUGAAGAAUGGGUUGAAAAAAAAGAAGAACCAAUUGAUGCAGCUGCAGUAAAACCUGUGUAUACUGUUUCAGGACCACCACCUUCUGCCACAAAACAAACUGAACGAGAUGACUGGAUGAUGGAUCCCUUCCAGAUGAAUACAUUUUCCAGACAAGAUUUGAGGAAAGAAAAAAAUGCAGAGAAAGAAAAGGAGCAACAAAAACGAAUGAGUGUCCUAGACAAUCCUGGGCAAAGCAAAAAUGAGUUGAAUCCUUUUUGGAAGGACGGUGGAAGUGGCCUUCCAGAGGAAAAUCCAAGCAAGACAAAGUCUUCAAUUUCUUUACCAAAGAAAGGUGGCGAUGGAGGGGUCUGGUGGCUUAAACAAUCUUAUAAGAGAGCCGUUGAACAAGCAAAUGAAGAUGGGAAAAAAAUAUCAGAUAUUUUAGCUGAGCGAUUUGGGUCCGAGGAAAACUAUAAUAAAAUGUUAGCAGAAGCCGAGGCAGCUUUAAACCAACAGACAGAUCAGAAAAAUGAUAGAAGACACGGUCGGGAAAGAAGUAUUGAUGAAUGCAGAAGAACCAGAAGAGAUGAGAGAGAUCGAGAAAGAUUUGAUGUCAGGUCAAGAGAUAAGCACAGAGAAAGAGAUAGAGAUGGAUAUAGGGAAAGAAAUGAUGACAGAUCAAGUAAAAGAAUGAGUUACUUGCAUGGAGAGAAGCGAUUUGAAAGGUCCGGAAAUGAUAGAAGACAUGAUAGAGACCGAGAUGAAAGAAAAGACAUAGGAGAUAAAUCAAGGAAAGAUACAGAUGGUAGUAGUAGGAGGAUGUUCCUUAAACCAGGUGAUAUGGACACUGAAUCAUUAUCAAGCUCACCUCAACACAAACCAAUGUUUAAAAGACCUGGGGAAGGUAUUGGAGACGCCUCACAAAAAGCAACUGCCUCAUAUCGGAGGUAUAUUGAACAGAGUAAGACAAAAAGUACAUCACAAAACUGGAAAGACAAAUCAUUUAAGUCACCAACUGAAUCUGAGAGGAAAGAAGAACAGAAAGUGACACCACCACCGGCAUCACUAUCAACUAAAGACAGCAAAAGAGAGUACAGUAGUAGCAGUAGCAGUGGUAGUGCGGAUGAUAGUGGGUCUGAAAGUGAUGAUUCAGAGGAGCGUAGUCCUUCUCCAGAACCGGUGAGAAUAUUAACAGAAGAAGAAAUGAACCAAUUGGGUGCAAAGAUCUUGAGGGCAGAACUGAUGGGGAAUGAGGAACAAGCUGCAAAACUGAAAGCAGAGCUUGAGGCAGCCAGGCAAGCACAGGUUGCGCAGCCUAAAGUGACCACUAAGUUAGGUCAAUCUAAAGAUGACCCAGAAGAUGUUGUGCUUACUAGGAUGAAUAAGAGUGGGCAGUGUUGGCCAUUGCCAGAAUCUGAAGGAGUAGAAGAGAACAGAAAGGGAAAGAAGAGGAGGAAGAAGGUUAAGCUUCCAACUCAUGGUGAUGGUGGUGAGAGAGAACGAUAUUUUGCAGAUGAUGAUAAUUUUGAUUUAAAAACUUUGGUUCAACGUGAAAAAAUGAAUCGUGCAGAAGAUCAGAACAUGAUGUUAUCAAGACUGGCGGGCAGGUCAGUGGAUAAGGUUGAUGAUGAGUAUCACACCCUGGAUGAUAUGUUUGUUUCACGAGCUGCUCAAGUUGAGUCUCGUACCCAGGCAGAAGAGAAAGAGAAAGCUAGAGCAAUUGCCGAGCACAAACAAAUGUCUGCUGCCCUCUCUAAAUGUCCCUUCUGUAUUGAUAGCUCGGAAAUGAAGAAGCACCUCAUCAUAUCUCUUGGAACAAAGGUUUAUUUAAGUGUCCCAGCAACUCAGUCAUUAACGGAUGGGCAUUGUUUACUAAUUCCUAUGCAACACACAACAGCUGUUACUGCUCUCGAUGAGGAUGUAUGGUAUGAAAUGCAGACAUUCAAGAGGGCGCUUGUUAAAAUGUUUGAAUCUCAAGAUGAAGAUAUUAUCUUCCUGGAAACUGCUAUGAAUUUACGUAAGCAACGACACAUGUGCAUUGAAUGUGUCCCGGUACCCAAGGAAAUAGGGGACAUGGCUCCAAUUUAUUUCAAGAAAGCAAUCAUGGAGUGUGGCUCAGAAUGGUCUCAAAAUAAAAAGCUGGUUGACACUCAUCAAAAGGGUAUUCGUAAUUCGGUCCCAAAAGGAUUCCCUUAUUUUAGCGUUGAUUUUGCAAUGGACGGUGGCUUUGCUCAUGUUAUUGAAGAUGAACACACCUUCGCUCAUUACUUCGGCAAGGAGAUCAUUGGUGGAAUGCUGGACUUAGAACCUCGGCGCUGGAGGAAUCCACUGAGGGAAAAUUUUGACCAUCAACGAAGGAAAGUUUUACAGUUCGCUGAUUGGUGGAAAGCAUUUGAUAUCACAAAUAAAUAGUCAUUAUUACAGUAUUUACAAUAAAUAAAUGCAUAACAUAAAUGUAACACAACCAUUUUUAUUAUAAUACAAUGGUUUUUUAAUUUCAAAUUACAAUGUACAUAUUUUUCUGAGCCUGAUGUAAAGUUUGGCAAUUGAAGAACACACUUAGAACAAGUUUAAAAUAAAUUCUACAUGAUAAUACAA